AUGAUCUUUUAACUACAGUAUAAUACUAAACUAUCUGAUACUCUAAACAAUAGCAAAGAUUAUUGUUCAAUGCAAAAUACAAAAUGGGUUGCUCCAAAACCUAAUUAACAUAGAAUGGAGUAUCUGUAAUUCACAUAAAGAAAUAAUAAACCUCAUUCUAAAUACCCAUAAGAUAUAUUAUUCUGUCUUAUAUCUAAGGGACUUGUUCCCAUAUCAAAAUAGAAAAUGGUUAAUUUUUCAUCUAAUGAUACUUCAUGUAAUUACAAGGAUAUCACUUCUGAAAUUAAAUAAGAACAUCCAUAUUUUGGUUCAAAAUUAAAUCCUUCAAUUUCACAAGUUGAAAGAUGUCUCUAAAUUAAAUAACCUCAUAGAAAAUAAAAAAGUAUUAUUUCCACUUUAAUUUUAUAGCUAUCCGACCAUAAAUUAGAACUUAAUCAAAGGAUAAAGAUCCAAUAGAAAUUUCAACAUCUAAAAGUUGUAAAUUAGUAAGUCCUAUAAUCAAUUAAAUUGAUUAAAAGAGAAUAAUCAAUCAUUUAGAUUCCAAAUAGAAUAAUGAUAGAUUUCCCAGAACUUCAUCGACCCCUUUCAUUAAUAAAACAGUAUAAAAUGAUAAUUUGACCAGUCGUUCAGGUUCACCAAUAUAAAAAGCUUAAUAGAAAUCAAAUCAAAUUUAAAAACCAAAUAUUCAACCAAAAUUGUCCCAAAUUAAUUAAAUGAGAUAAACUCAACAUCAUUCAGAUACUCAAGUAUAAUAAUAAAAUAAUUGCAAAAUUGUAGAAUCAGUUGAAAAGAAAUCUUAAGUAAAGAGAAAGAAAAAAUAAAAAGUGUAAACAGCAUAAUAAUAAUAAAUCUUAUAGGUAUAAAACUCUUAAAAAGAUAAACUUAAUUAAAAGCACACUUCUUAUCGUUGCUUUAUAAAUUAAAUCAAUUUUUCUAAUAAUUAAUGUAUUUAGUCUCCAUUGAAGAUGGAUAUUCCUGCUUAUUACUUUUAUGUAGGUAAGGGUAAUAAUGGAAAUUUGUUAAAGAAUCUCUUUAGAUAAAGAUGGUGGUGGUAAGAAGUAGAAUCACUAGAUUUAAGUAAAGUGAAUAUGGCUUGGACUUAAUUGAAAUAAAAUGCAUUUAUUGAAUGUUUACCUACUUUUACAAUUAAUAAUACUAAUCAUUAUAAUGAUCAUAUUGAAGAUAAUGUUGUUGUUGAACCAACUGAUUCUGAAAUUGAUAUCCACAUUAAACCUAGAUCUGUACAUAUUUUAAGUAUCAAUCAAUUAUUAAAAUAAUCCAUUUAAUCGAAGAAUAAUGUAUAAAUCAAUAAUUUAAACUAAUUAAAGAGGAUCUAUAAUUAAGUUGAUUUAAAUAAAAUUCUCAACUAUAUGAAAUUAAACAAUUAGUCAGAUUUAUAAAUUGUGUUCAGUGAUUGUACUGAAAAAUUGCUUAUGUCUAUUAAAGGAGUAAAAUAUUUACAUAAUUGCUUAGUUCUAGACCACCAUUCAAUUAGAUAGUAAAAAUUACAAGAUGCAUAAUCAUAUGCAAGACAAUUGGCAUUUAGGGAAUAAGAAAGCUCUAUUUUAUAAUAUGAGAAAUUAUUUCAAAAUUAUAAAAGAAGAUUAUACUAAGUAUAUCCCAAUUACUUUUCAUAUUUAAUAAGGUAUGACUGAUACUGAAUACUUUAAAUUUAUUGAUUAUUAUAAUAAAAGAUAAGAAGAAAUUAAAGAAAUAGAACGUAAAUAAUAAUCAGAAUAUAGAAGAGAUAAGAGAUCAAAACCUAUUAGUCUUUGGAUUGUGAAACCAGGUGAAUGUACUAAUAGAGGAAAUGGAAUUACUGUUUGUUAGGAUUUAUAAGAAAUCAAUAAAAUUUUGAAUGAAGAAUAGCCUGAUGAUAGAUAAAGAACUUAUAUUGUUUAAUAGUACAUUGAUAAUCCAUUCUUAUAUAAUAAAAGAAAAUUUGAUAUUAGAUGCUAUAUGUUGUUAACCUCUUAAAAUGGAAUAUUUAAAGGAUAUUGGUAUUAAGAAGGUUAUAUUCGAACUUCAUCAAAAGAAUUUACAACUAAGUGUUUAAAUAAAUAUAUUCAUCUAACAAAUGAUGCUGUUUAAUCAAAAGAUGAAGAUUAUGGAAAAUUUGAAUUUGGUAACAAGAUCUCCUUUCUUGAAUAUUAAAGAUACCUUGAUACUUAUCACUCUUAAUCUAAAUUCAAUUUUUUUAUAGAUAUCUAUCCUAAAAUGAAGAAUAUUGCGUUAGAUUUAAUGAAAGCUUCAUAUGGUAAAAUUGAUCCAGAAAGAAGAUCAAAUAGUUUUGAAGUACAAUAUAAAAUAAAUAAACUUAGUUAUUUGGAUUGGACUUCAUGAUUGAUGAUAAUUUUAAACUUUGGCUUAUAGAAGCAAACACUAAUCCAUGUCUAGAACUAUCCUGUCCACUCUUAAGUAGAAUUAUUCCUGCCAUGGUUGAAAACUUAUUUCGGUAUUUAAACUAUACUUAAUUCUAUUAGAAUUGCAAUCGAUCCCAUUUUCCCUCCUCCUUAUUUUGAAGAAUGGCCACAAAAUAAAAAGUUAUUCAUUCCUGAUAAUGUACUUGAAAACAAUCGUUUUGAACUUAUUUUCGAUGAAUUAAUUGAAAAGAAAUCUAUGUUCAAUUUAUACAGAGAUAGUAAAUUUGAAUAAGAUUGUUUCAAAAUAGAAGAAGAAGAAGAAGAGGAACAAGAAAAAGAUUGA